AUGUCACAGACGACUACAGAACGCAUUUCUUUACAAAGCUUAAGCACAAGCAAUGCUUCUAGCCACGAUGUGCUGUCUAUGACCUCUACAAAUGUCUACCAUCAUCAUGGCAUUCUGAAUUUGCCAUCACAAGACUUACAUAAUUCACAAGAUGGUGCAUCUCGGUUGACAUACAGAGGAGCUGAGCCUGAUAGAAGAUCGGUAAAGUCAAUUGAAAACAUCAUGUAUCAAAAUGAAAUUACUACUGAUUUUCCUGAUGGAGGGAUCAGAGCUUGGUUGGUGGUAUUGGGAUGUUUUAUAGGAUUGAUUGCAGUAUUUGGUAUUCCUAAUGCUAUGGGUGCUAUUGAAGCAUAUGUUUCCACCAAUCAAUUACUGGAGAUUCUGCACUCAAGUGUUUCUUGGAUUUUCUCAAUAAAUCUAGCUAUGCAAUGUUUUGGUGGGGUUUUCUUUGGUGAAUUGUUUGAUCGAUAUGGCACAACUUGGCCUCUUUUGAUAGCUACUUGCAUUAUGACCACAGGCUUGUUAUUAACAGCGGAACUGACACAGUUAUAUCAAUUUGUGCUACUGUUUGGAGUGCUAACAGGUUUGGGUAACUCUGUGGCUCAAUCACCAUUAAUUGGUUCUGUUUCUCAUUGGUUCUUGAAGAAAAGAGGGACCGCUCUUAGUAUUGCUACUGUGGGAGGUUUAGUUGGUGGUACAAUUUUCACUGUUAUGUUGCAGAACUUGUAUACAUCCGUAGGUUUCAAAUGGGCUAUGAGGAUUCUCCUGUUUGUAUGUCUUGGAUGUAUGAUAUUGGGAACCUUAUUAGUCAAAGAAAGGAAACCGGAACCAGUUGUGAAAACAAAAUUUGAGUUGAUUCCAUUUUUGAAAGGAGCUUUGGAUUUCACUAUUGUUAAAGAUAUAAGAUUUGUUACUUUGACAUUGGCUGCUUGUUUAGCAGAAAUUAUUGCCAUGACCAUUUUAACGUACUUGGCAAGUUAUGCAAUUGGAAUGAGUAUUCCCAGUUCCAAAGCUUAUUUGAUUCUUACCAUAGUUAAUUUAUGUGGGAUUCCUUCUAGAUUUUUCAGUGGAAUACUAGCUGACAAAUAUGGAAGAUUUAACAUGAUGAUUGCAUCUGGUACAUUAAGUACCAUAGCCAUUUUUGCACUAUGGUUACCACUGAAACAAUCUUUUAGUAUACUAACUGCAUUUGCUGUCGUUUUCGGUAUAAGCUCUUCUGCUGUUAUAUCACUUAUCCCAGUUUGUGCAGGCCAAAUCUGUUCUGCUGAUCGAUUUGGAAAAGUUUAUGGAACAUUAUAUUUCUUUUUGGCAUUCAUGAUAUUAUUGGGGACAUAUGUUUCUUCCGUAGUUAUUGGUGAUGCCACUCCUAAAGAUUUCAAAAAUUUCAUCUUCUUUGAAGGUGCUGUGGGCUUUGCAAGUGUGGUUAUGUGGGUAUACGCUCGUUAUACCGUUGUUGGCUUUAGAUGGUGUAAAUUUUAG